CGAGCGGCCCCAUCCCGCAGCUAGUGGAGAGUUUUAGAAAGCAAAAGGCCGACUAUUCAUGUAACAGUCUGGCAGGGGGUGACAGUAGUAAUAACAGGGAGAUUAAUAGAUCCGUGCAAACGAACCGAGAAGACAAAAUGGGAGGCCAUGACAGUGAACUUUUCAUGGAUAACUACUGCAGGGUUUGCUGUGCCAUGUUGAUCUCUGAAGUCCAAAGGACCACACACUACGAGAGCAAAAAACAUGCUAACAAGGUGCGGUUUUACUUCCAAACGCACAAAGAAGAAGGAACACCAUCAAAAAGACUCAAAACAGAGAACGUUACUGUUGGAUUCCAGGACACCGGAAUAGGAGGAAUGGACAAGAAUAAAUUUUGCCUCUUGUGUAAUAUGGUUUUCACAUCCCCCACAGCUGCUCAAUUCCACUAUCAAGGCAAAGUCCAUGCAAAGAAGCUCAAACAACUGGUCGGGAAGCAGCCCUCUGUAACCCAGCCACAUACUGUGCAGUGUUCUAUCACAGUGUCCACAAAUGUGGCAAAUACACCUUCAGAACAGAUUACCUCUGUGCAGAGUGAGCAACCUGAAAAGGACAACCAAGAAAUGACUCAGGAAACCUCUGCAGCAGCCUCUACAGCUCUGGAUCAGGAAGAUCCUAACAAGUUCUGCAAACUUUGUAAUGCCUCCUUUAACAAUCCACUAAUGGCCCAACAACACUACAUUGGCAAGAAGCACAAAAAAAAUGAAACAAGGAGACAGUUAAUGGAAGAAAUGGGGAAGGGGGCAGAUUCUUCUGAAAAGAAUGGUCAUUUUUCAUGUGCUAUCUGCAACGUUACACUUAAUUCCAUCAAGCAGUACCAGAGUCAUGUGCAAGGAUACAAGCAUCAAUUUAAAGAAAAUGAGGUGGCCAACCUGGUAAAGAAUACAAAAUCAAAGAAGUACGAUUCGUUCCAGGAUGAACUUGAUGACUUCAUUAAAGUUCAGAAAGCAAGAGGCCUUGUGCCAAAGGUGUGCUUUAGAAAAUUUGAGGACAAUCUGGAGGAGGAGGAGGAAGAGGAGGCGGAGGAGGAGAAGGAGAGUAGGGGCUUGCAUCUGAUCAGUCCGCUCCAAUCUUCGGAGUGUUCAUUUGAAGUAAAACAAGGCAUACCUGCCCCCAACCCAAGUGGAUUCCAGCAUGAACAACCACUCCCAGUGAAUGUGGAGACCAAAGUACCACAAUGGCCCCCUUUGCAAGGUGACCGUUCAAGGAUCCAAUCUCUACAAAACAGUGGCUUGCAUAUGGAGUAUUAUGCAGAAAGGUUGCCACCUCUGAAGCUAACCUGUCCAGAAAAUGCUCAGGAUCCUCACGGCAAGGAGUCAGCUGAUGAGUGUAAGCCAGUUAGCUCUGAUGACAGCACUGGUUCAUACAAAAAAGACAAGAGGGGAAGGAAGAAGAAGCACAGAAGGGACAAAAGAAACAAGGACACAGAAUCUAAAAGAGAUAGUGAAUAUGAGAACUACAGAAAGGAGAAAAGUGCUGAAGCGCUGGGAUUGGAACCAGAUACAAAUCAGACUGAUCAGAAACCAGAUGAAAGGGAUAAAGAGGAGCUUAUGCUGAGCAAAGGAGAAAAGAUGAAACACAAAAAAGAUAAAAAAGACCAAUAUCUAGAAAAAGAGGAUAUAAAACAAAGACAAAAAAAGCAGAAAAAGAGGAAGGAGGUUGACGCAAGAACGGAAGAGGAAAAGCUUUGGGAUGAAUCUAUCUUAGGGAUAUGAAACAAAAGAAGGAACUGCAAGAACUUUGAUGCUUGAUCAUCAUCUUAACUUGCUCAGGCACUCUGAGAAUAAAACUAUAUUGUUAAUAGACGCAUUUGAAAGUUCUAUUAUUUUUGUCCUCCCAAGUAAAUAUUGAUUUAUUUGAUGUUCUAAAACUUUUUUUUCAAAUCAGCAGUACCUUUAGUUAUGAAGUAUGUUACUGUUUUAAGUUAUCCUUAUAGAUUUUUAGUUAGCUUUGCUAAACCUACGGUUAUAACUGAAAACUUACAGUAAUUUGUGAAAUACUGGGCCAUUCAAACUUAUUCAAGAUUUGGUAAACAGCAUGAAAAUAGUUUUAAAUAUUUUAAGUAAUAUUGCAUUAGUUAUUGUAAUAUUGCAUAAUUCAUCUGGUGAAGGUAUCCCCAUGUUGUUGUUGGAUAGGGAGCUUCAGGAUUUAGUUCCUUCAUUGUUGGUGGGUCUAAAUCUUUGACACCUUCCCAACAAAACUCCGGAAGUACCUUCAGCAGAAGGGCUUCAACGGUUCAAGAAGGUGAGCUCACCACCACCACCUCACAGGCAAUAGGGAUGGGCAAUAUAUGCAGGCCUUGCUGGCAAUGCUUACAUUCCAUAAGUGAAUAAGUUAAAUGACUUACUAUAUGAACAUUUAAGUGUGUAGUAUGUUGAGCAUCAAUCACAUGCAAUAUAUAUAUGACUUUAUAUUAUAACAUCUCCUGGCCAGCACACUCAAGUUUUUGUCUAAUGGCCAUUUUAGGAGCAGGGGCUAGGGAUGUGGGGAAGAUGACAUGUUCAGGCAAGCUCCCAUCAACAGCGAUGCUUGUUUGAUUGUUUAACGUUGUUUAGACUUAAUAAUUUUAAAGGAUCAGCAUUUCACAUAUAAGGCAGAAUAAUACUUUGCGUGAUAUAAUUGCUUUUAUUUGUAGGCUCCAGUGCAUUCUGUGACCUUCUGUGAAUAGUGCACAGAUAUUUGUGCACUCUCUGUUGCACAGGGUGACAUUUAAAAUCUAGUGCAAAUCUCUGUUACACUCCAAAAAUAAAAAGUAUAAAGAAGCAAAAUUGGUGAUCUUUGAUACACAGAAGCAUUCUUCUGGAACAGAAUAUGACAGUUGCAUAGUAUUGUCAGCCCUCUUAAUUAAUCUUUGCAUGCAACCAUAGUUCCAAUCUCCAGCCUAAACAUCAAUUUACCCAAUAUUUACUUAGAAUAAUUUACUUUUAUUAUGUUAGAGCAAUUCAUACCUCUGCAAGUGCAGCAGUGUCUUUGAGCAUGUAAUCUAGAAACCUGAGUUUAAAAUCUAGAGAACAUAACUUGAAAACCCACAGUAGCAACUGGCGAUUUUAAAUAAUCUGGGAAUUUAAAUAAUUAGUCUCAGUAAUGGUAAUCAUAAUAGAUUGUCAUAAGUGAAUUGCCACUUGGACAGGUACAUGGGUAGGAAAGGUUUUAGAGGGAUGUGGGCAAAUGGGACUAGCUUAGAUGGGCAUCUUGGUUGGCAUGGAUGAGUUGGGCCGAAGGGCCUAUUUUUGUGCUGUAUUGCUCUAUAACUGUAUAAAAAAACCAAUCCAGUUCACUGAAACCCUUCAAGGACAUAAAUCUGCCACCCUACCUGGUCUGAUCUAAAUGUGAUUCCAGAUCCACAACAACAUGGUUGACUAAACUGU